AUUCGCGUCGUUGGCGCCGCUUUGCUGAAUACUUACCAUGCGGAAUAUUCAAAGUACGAUGAUGCUGGCCGCGACACGCAUUAAUUUCGCGUGUUUUGUCAAGUCCGCGAUUAUCCUUUACAAUCUCAUCGAACAUGUAUUUAAGGACACUGUAACGGCGUAUAAAGCGGCGAUACUUUAUGGUAUAAAUCCGGCCAGUGUAUUCUUUUCGGCUGUAUAUUCGGAACCCAUGUUCGCGUAUCUGUCGUUUUACACUAUGCUCGAAAGUAUAAAAUGCAUGUCUGCUAUUUCUCUUCCACUUGCUCUGUUAACCUUGGUGAGAUCGAACGGUGUUAUUAAUAUCGGUUUUCCCAUGUAUUUCGAGCUUAAGAAUCUAUGUGAUUUCGCAUCGGGAGAGACACAACGGAAGCGUAACAUUCUGUCGACCGUCUGGCAUAUCUUAAAAUUCAUGACAUUGAGUUAUUUUUUCACUAUAUUGAGCACGAUAAUUAUAACGGUGUCGCAAUUCAUUCUCUUACAAAUAUACACUUACAUGAAAUUUUGCACUCCCAUUGAUACGUUGUUGCCGACUCAUAUCUUACAAUGCACUAUAGAAAACGACCUAGUUCUACCGGGUACGAAAAAUUCGGUAUGGUGUAACGUUAGUGUGCCUCUAAUGUAUUCGUAUGUACAAAAAAUGUAUUGGAACGUCGGAUUCUUGAAAUAUUAUCGAUUCAAAUAG